AUGUCACGGCCCAAGUAUAAAACAUCAACAUCUAGUAUUUGUGCUGACUGUGGAGCUCUAGAACCGGGAUGGGCAUCAAUAAAUCGAGCUAUUUUAUUAUGUGACGAGUGCUGCAGUAUACAUAGAAGUCUUGGUAGACAUGUGUCACAUGUUAAGUCUCUCCACAAAGGAUUUUGGAGCAGUUAUUUACUUACUAUGGUACACACUUUAAAUGACAAUGGAGCUAAUAAUAUAUGGGAAUAUUCACUCCAUGAUUCAAAUAAUUCAAAAGUAAAUCGUAAAAAGCCACAGCCAAAAGAUCCACUCUAUCCAGUAAAAGCAGAUUUUAUUCGUGCAAAACAUCAACAAUUGACAUUUGUAUUACGGCCGAGCAAAGACGAAUCUUGCAGCGAAGAAGAACUGAGUAAACAAUUACACAGUAGUGUAAGAACCAGUAAUUUGGAAACAUCUCUUCGGCUUUUAGUCCAAGGAGGUAAUCCAAACUAUUUUUACAAAGAAAAAGGUACAACUCCACUUCAUGUUGCCGCCAGAGCUGGUCAGGCACUUCAAUUGGAAUUGUUAAUCGCUAAUGGAGGAAAUCCUAAUAUUGUUGAUUCUACUGGCCACACACCAGCUGAAAUUGCUCGAAUAACAGGACACUUGGAUUUAUCCGACAGAUUAAUUGAGUGUAUGUAUCAAGUUACUGACAGAUUGACUUAUUUUAUAUGUUCACGUAAGCCAGAUCAUCGAACAACUGAGCAUUUAAUUAUUCCGGAAUGGUCUGAAACACUGGAAAGAAAUGAACUGACCAAUGAAGCGCGUAAUCGCCUUCAAAUGCUGCCAAAUAAUUUACUGGAAGAAUUAACAAUGGAUGUUUACGAUGAAGUUGACAGAAGAGAAGUUGAAGCUGUAUGGCUAUCAAGCACAACUCUUCAUGAAAGGAGUACUGCUGUACCUUUUCUACCAGUAAAUCCAUAUCUGUCAUCAACACGAAAUCAAGGACGACAAAAAUUAGCCAGAUUUAUGCCGCAAGAGUUUGCUACACUGAUUGUUGACAUUCUUACUGAAACUGCACGUCGUCAUAUGCAAGCUAAUUGCACACCUCUUCAAGAUCCAACUGUUUCGGCGCUUAAAAAAGAACGUGCUAUUAAAAAUUGCGGAUCACAAACAUCUGACGACGAGCCGUUGUACGACAGCGUGGCAUCUGAUGAUGAGCUUGGAGGGAAUGACACCAACCAAGAGCUUCCUAACAACAAUAAUGAGAAGGCAGUUGGAACAACAGGCAAAAGCCAUCCUGCUGUAAUUCAAGUUCUAAAAAAGCAGUUAAAUGUAUCCGAGUCAACAAUUAAAAAUCUCCACGAUGAAAUUCAAAAUUUCCAACAAACAAUUCAGCAGCUUACCUUGGAAAAUCGGCAGCUAAAAAAUAUUAUUGAUAUAUAUGUCAAGCCAAAACUUCCACAAUCGUAUGAGACUGUGAAUGGGCACACUGAUGUUGAACAAGAAUCGGUAUUAGAUUCUAUUGAUACCAAAUCACAGCUACGUGGAAAUCAAAGACCUGUAUCUAUGUAUGAAACACGACAAGGAUUGAAAAAAAUUGGCUUGUUGAAUGUCUCAAAAAGAGAAGAUGAGCUUCCAGAGGUUGAAACUCGGUCGAAUAUUGAUCAAAAAAUUUGGGAAUGUCAAAAAAUAAAUUUACCAGCGAGGGAUCAAGUGACUAUUUGUACAGACCAAGUAACUAAAGGUAUCCAAGAACUUUGGAUGGCAAUGCAAGAUCCUACUCACAAAGAAGAUUUUGUGCCAUGCGCUGAAAAAAUUCGUCUUGCUGUUACAGAAUUGACGACUAUAUUUUCACAGAGUUCAUUGGAUGAAAAUAUUAGGACAGCGCUGAGACAGUUGAACGGAAAUACAGGAAGAUUACAAACAGAGUGUGUAAGUCUUGAGCGUUGCACAGGUGACUCCGAGCACACGAAACGUUGUCUUCAACAGGUACGCUGCUGUGCCUACGAUAUUGCCAAAGCGACAAAACUCCUGGUGACUCAUUUUCAAUCAUUAUAG